UCUCAAAAUUUCGAAAUCAAUGGCGUCCACUGACGACCUCCGUCUUCUCUCUCUAAUCGAAUCUUCCGACGCCGGUGAUGAUAUCUUCUCUUCCUUCUCCGAUUACCUGAAACCUUUCUCUACUCUAUCCACUUCCCGGAAAAAACAAGACCGAGCAACCACUAUUCGAGCCCUAGCUAAGCAAUUCCUUCCUUUCCUCAACAAAUCGAUCUCGCUUUUACCUAAACGCCUCUCCGUCGCGAAGUCUGACAAGGAAGCUCGUGAAUCAGCCUUAGAUCUGUUCCGUGCUUAUGAACUUUGCUUGGAUUGUUUAGAAUUGGUCUCUGCUCAAUUAGCUUGUAAGCCUCAUACCGUUCAAUCUCAGAGGCUACGGAUGAUUUAUUGUCUCGAUGUUUGGGGUUUGUAUGAGAAUGAGUAUACUGAAGCGUUUAAGGUUCUGGAGAAGCUAAGAGGCUCUGAUAGCAAAUCACGGAAGUGCCAGUUGUUGCCGGAGGUUCAGGAUGGCGAGGCGGAGAUGGCUUUGGUUGUUGUUGAUGCCGUGGCGUCUAUUUUUAGGGCUGUGGCAAUGGGCCAGCAAUUAGACGAUAAGCGGUAUAGGAAAGUUCUUCUUUUGCUCGAGGAGGUCGGAGGCUGGUUUAGGGUUUUAGAUGCUAAGGCGUAUGAGAAGUUUCACAGAGCGAUGGUGACAAAUUUGGGUAAAUGUGCUGUUUCUCUCGUUAGAGAAGCUGAGCGUUUCGAUGGGGAUUUAGUGAUGUCUUUCUGCGACUUAACUGUGAAGGAACACUAUAAAUCUGCAUUCUCAAAAGAUCGAAUUUAUAAGUUUGCUCGCGAGGUGCUUUCUGUUCUGUUCAGAUUUAAGGAUAGAAAAAUGUCUGUGACCAUUGACAUUUCAAUGUCUGUGUUGCGCAGCUUAACUUGCCAAUUUGAGGAUGAAAGUAAUGAGAAUUUAAUGGAGUUUGUUGACCUAGUCGCUUAUUGCGCUCACAAGUUUCGAGCAGCAGGAGACAUGUACUGUGCAAAAGUUUCAAAAAAAUUAAAUGAGAUAGCAGCUAUUUUCUUAGAGGCAAUACCCCAACUUAAUCUGGUUCUUAGACUGUAUUCAACCGGGCUGUCCAUCACGGUUUGCGAUUCCAAGCUCGGAGAAAGUAAGGUUAAAGAUUCCACAGAUGAUUGGAAGAUUCAAGCAAUGUUUGAUGAUGAUGCUAGAUGGCAAAGCUUAGUUUCUUUACUCGGCUUGGUUGAUAGUUACUCAGGUGAUUUGGGCAAUCAGACUAGUUCAUCAUUGAUUGGUGGGCAUAAGAACUACAACAAUAAAACACAUGGUAGCUGUACAGACAAGAACAAGAAGAAUUGUUUGCCACAAUACUUAGAUGCCUUGCAGUUCUUGUGCCAACCACUUGCAGACUUGAUAUAUUCUGUGAAAAGAAAGAUUGUGCUGGAGACAGAAAUGUCCUGCGCUUCUGCUCAUCUAACUACUAUUCAUGAUGCCUUUCUCCAAUUUUGUGAUGGCUGUCUCUUCCUUCAGAGAUGCACGUCUGACAAGGGAGAUAGUGAAACUGACAAUAACAAAGCUUUGUUAAACGUGGCUAUGGGUGCUUUCAUUGUCUCAUUGAGAACCCAGCUUAAAUUGGAGAUCAGUGCCCAUCUAGUUGAGGAUGUAAUUGCCAGUCCAUGGAUCCGAUCUCAAGAACUCAAGUAUCUAAUUGCGACGCUUUACAAUAUUGGUAUCAUUUUGUACAGAAAUAAGGAGCUAAACAAGGCUUGUGAGGCACUCAAGCUGUGCUCCAAGGCAUCAUGGAGAUGUGUUGAACUACAUUGUCAGAUGUUUGUAAAUCAGUCUAGUUCAUCUGAUAAUGACAUGUCAGAAGAUGCCAUUAUGGAUUUUGUGGGCGAAGCAUGUAAUAGGUGUGCAUUCUACCUGGAUAUACUCCAGAAAUGUAGCAGACAUAAGAUUAGACAGAAUAUUGUUCAUAUUCUAGAAAAUUGGUUGUCAGCGGAACAUUUGAUUAGAAGGUUACCAGGCCCUGAGGCAAUUGUAAAGCAGUGGGUUAAGGAGCUUCUUGCCUAUGCCAGAGUGCUUCCUUUUAAGUCAAAUCUAGGUCAACAAACGCGAAUCAAGAUAACAGAUAUCCUUUUGAAGGAUGUUUAUGUCACUGAGGAUAUGCAUAUAGAGAGAGCAAGAGUCUUGAUAUGGAAAGCACAAAUGACAAGGACAUCUGGAACUGAACAUAUAACUGAGUGCAUUUGUUUUCUGUCCGAAGCAAUCUCUAUAUUGGGUGAGUUACAUCAUGGGCCAAAUAAAGAGGGUUCUCCAUCUUCUCACAUGUUGCCUAUUGCGUAUUGCUUGAGAGCUUUUUGUACCCAGGAAGCUGAGCCAAACUCGAAGAAAGUCUUUCAAGAUAUUAGCACUUCACUAAAUCUCUGGCUGAGGAUUCUUAGCCUAGAUGAUAGUGGGGACAGUCUACCAACAGAGAACAUAAUUCCGUUACUGUAUAAUAUGAUUGAUUUGAUGUCAGUGAAGGGAUGUACAGAGCUCCAUCAUCAUAUAUACCAACUGAUUUUCAGAUUGUUUAAAUGGAAGAAUGUCAAAGUGGAGGUCUGCCUUGCAAUGCUGUGGGAAUGUAGAAGGCUUAGUCAUGCCUUAUGCCCUUCCCCCAUAAGUGAUGCCUUUAUCCAAACCUUAUCAGAGAAUUGUGGUGACAAAUCCACAUGCAUUGAUUUCUGGAUGGAUUGCCUGAAAGAUUCAAAAGCAAAGCUAAUUGGGUUCCAGCAGAACUUCCAUGAAUUACAUAAUAAGGAUGAAGGUCCCUUUCAAUCAGACAUCACGAUAGACGAUAUCAAAGAUGCAGCUUCAGAACUCAUUUCCAGUGCGUCACUCUCUGGUAAUUCAUCUUUUGUAGCUGCAUAUCUCUAUUAUGAUCUCUGUGAAAGGCUCAUAUCAUUUGGAAAACUUUCUGAGGCUCUUUCAUAUGCAAAAGAAGCCUAUAGGAUACGGACUCUUAUAUUUCAAGAGAAAUUUAAGUAUACAGCUGAGAAGCAGUUCGUAAAACACAAUGACGCUGGAAAAAUAUCAGAGAUACGGACUUUUGGCAUAAAAAAUUUCCAAGUCUACAGAUUGUUCGCAACUGAUUUUUGGCCAUGUGGAAAUUUUCUCUGGGACAUCAAUUGCUGCUACCUAAGUCCUUGGAGUGUACUCCAAUGUUAUUUGGAAAGCACCCUUCAGGUUGGAAUUCUGAAUGAGCUAAUAGGGAAUGGACUGGAGGCAGAAACCAUUCUAUCAUGGGGAAAAGCCUUUUCAUGCUCGCAAAGUCUAUUCCCUUUCAUAGUUGCAUUUUCUUCUGCCUUAGGAAAUCUUUACCACAAAAAGCAGUGUCUGGAUCUGGCAGAAAAGGAACUCCAAAAUGCAAAAGAGAUAUUAAUUGCUAAUCAGCGAGAUUUUUCUUGUUUUAAGUGCAAACUGAAGUUGGAAGUUACAUUGGAUAAACAACUUGGAGACAUAUCUCGGAAAAAAAUUGAUAGAGUUUCUCAGAGAGAUGGAUUUUUGCAUGCUGAAAGCUUGUUUAGUGCUGCCCUGGGAAAAGUCUGUUGCUCAGCAUGGAAAAGCUGCAUUAGAUCACAUGGGGAAGAAAUUGCUGAGGAAUUUGUGGUUGAUAGAAAUGGAGGGGACGGUUUAGGACAUAAAUCAAGUAAAACGAAGCUCAGUAUAAAGGAGCCACCAGGAAACAGAGGCUCCAGGAGGGGUCGAAGAGCUAACCAAACUUGUUUGUCAAAGGACCAGGAUUUGAUAUCUGAGCCAACGUCAAGGUUGACUCGAUCUAUGCGUCACUCACUUAAAGAGCAAUGCCAAAACCGGUCUAAUGUGCCUGAAGUUGUUUCAAAGAAGCCUAAUUUCUGUGAUAGAUCUGUUGGUUCUAGGGGUGAAAGGGUCUUGUUGGACACAAAAAAUGCAGUCCCUGGAUUUUGCAUUUGCUACAAAGAAAAAUGUCAGCAGUGCUUCUCCGAAGGAGUAAUAGAAUCUGGGUCUCUCAACAAUUUAGUAAGUUUGAAAUGGGAACUCUGCCAUAGGAAGCUUGCGUCCUCAAUACUUGUUAGCCUGGGAAAAUGUUUGGCAGACUCUGGUAGAGUUCAUCUAGCUCAUGAGGCUUUACUACAUAGUAUCUCUGUUUUAUUUAAAAGCAACUGGUCCAGCCACAACCAGCCUUCUGUCUGUCAGUUGCUGGAGUUUAUCGGGACAGAAGUUACAAGAGAUGUAUUUGCUGUUGAUCGUGCAAUAAUACUAUACAACUUGUGCUGGUUGAAUUUGCGGAAUUAUCACUGCAGGGAUAGUAGGUCUAUUUGCUGUGAUCUGUUUCAUAUUCCUUUCACAAAACUGGUGUCAUGGUUAAUGUUAGCAUUUGUACUCAGCAGAGCGGUUCCAAUAUUAUUUCAAAAGGUUUCAAGAUUGCUUGCCUCUUUAUAUCUGCUUUCUUCCUCAAGUGCUGAAUUCUCAUUCGAAUAUGAUGGAAGUGAGCUGUCAGCAAGUCAUUGGGUCUCAUUUUUCCAUCAAGCCUCGCUUGGUACCCAUAUCAGUUACCAUUUCAUUUCAAAGUUGAGCCAAAAACACAAAUUACGGUGCCUCUCAGAUAAAGAGUGCACAGAGGCUACUUGCUCGAGUUGCAUGGUUCCUGAGAAUUUGGACUUACCCAGGCUUGCUCCUGAGCGUACUCAAGAUCUUGUGCAAUUCGCUAAAGAAUUUUUCAUCAAUCUUCCAAGCUCAACAAUCAUCUGCAUUAGUUUGCUUGGAGGUGCUUUAAACCAAUUGUUACAGGAGCUAAUGCAUAUUCGUUCACCUGUUUGUGCCUGGGUGCUCAUAUCACGCUUAAACCCAGAAAGUCAACCGGUUGCCACACUUCUGCCUGUAGAUUCGAUUCUAGAAGAUGACAGUGCAAACCUUAGCUCUACGGAAGCGACUCAAGUUAAGAGUUUAAAGGGGCCUUGGCUUUGUCCAUGGGGUGCCACCGUGGUUGAUGAGGUAGCUCCAGCAUUUAAAUCAAUAUUGGAGGAAAGCUACUCAUCUUCUUCUACUCCUGAAGAAGACACAGUAGAGAGUAGAUGCCUGUGGUGGAAAAAGAGGAAGAAACUUGAUCAUCGUCUGGGAAUACUCCUAAGGAAUCUAGAAGCUUCCUGGCUGGGUCCCUGGAGGUGUCUGCUUCUUGGAGAAUGGCCGAACUACAAAUUGCCUGACUCAGUGCAGAAAAAGCUGGUAAUUGAUCUCAAGUCCAAGUGCAAAAUGGAAGUAAAUGAGAUGCUUUUGAAGGUUAUUCUUGGAGGUGGGACAGACAACUUUAUAGGAGAAGCAUGCGUCGCUCAGCUUUCUUUAAGAGAUGGUUGCUAUGUAGGUAGAGGGGGAUAUCUUUAUGAAGAAGAUAGCUGUAAAACUCCUACUACUGCGUCUAAUAUAUCUGAAAGUAGGCAUGAAUUGGCCUUAAAACUGAUACAUGACGCAGCAAGCAAACUAGGGCAACAAGAUGGACAUGAAAAUAGAGAACCUAUCAUUCUUGUGUUAGAUCCUGAAGUUCAGAUGCUUCCUUGGGAGAAUAUUCCAAUACUAAGGAAACAGGAGGUGUACCGCAUGCCUUCCGUAGGUUGCAUAUCUGCUGUACUAAAGAAGCGCAGUGAAGGAGAGCCAGCAAGAUCUCAUGUUGUUUCCUUCCCUCUUAUUGAUCCGCUAGAUUCAUUUUACUUGUUGAAUCCUGGUGGUGAUCUCACCGAUACACAAGACAAGUUUGAGAGUUGGUUCAGAGAUCAAAACUUUGAGGGGAAAGCUGGAUCAGAACCAAGUGCUAUAGAGUUGACAGAAGCAUUAAAAACUCAUGAUCUCUUUCUAUACUUUGGUCAUGGAAGCGGAGCACAGUAUAUACCUAGGCGUGAAAUAGAGAAGCUAGAUAACUGUUCUGCAACUUUCUUAAUGGGAUGCAGUAGUGGUUCACUAUGGCUAAAAGGCUGCUACAUCCCAGAAGGCAUACCACUUUCUUAUCUCCUAGGUGGAUCUCCAGCCAUUGUGGCGACUCUAUGGGACGUAACAGACCGAGACAUUGAUCGGUUUGGGAAAGCGUUAUUGGAAGCUUGGUUGCAAGAGAGGUCAGAUUUUUGUCCAGAGGGUGGUUGCAGCCAGUGUGAGUCAUUAGCAAAUGAACUUGCAGCCAUGAAUCUAAAAGGCAACAACACCACCAAGAGGUCAAGGAAACCGUCAUCGCGUAACAAGCCAGCUCAAUCAAAUGUCGAUGGGUCAGGGAAGAUUGAGUGCAACCACAAGCAUAGACGUAAAAUCGGUUCAUUCAUAGCCGCGGCUCGUGAUGCGUGCACCUUGCAAUACUUGAUAGGGGCUGCGCCUGUCUGUUAUGGUGUACCAACUGGUAUCACAAGGAAAAAAGGAAUUGAUGCUCUUCUUCCUUCUUCAUCUUGUUAGUAGUCCCCAUAAAUUUACUCAAAGAGUAAAUGGUUUUGGGUGGUUACAGUUUUCACUCUUUUUAAGCUAUGUUUCUGUCACCUUGCUAUAUAUAUGGUGUGGUAAAUGUUUAUGUGGAUCAUCAAUUUAACCAGUAAAAUGCAUAUAAACAAAAUGCUGUUGCCCUUCUUCUGUAUGUUUUUGUUACAUUCUACUUUAUUUGGCAUCUUGAGCUUGGUUUUGAGGUAAUUUUGGCUUAAUUCUUCUCUAGUUUUUGUUGUUUUUAAUUCGUUGAUAAAAAUUAUUAGGUUUU